CUUGUUAUUUCUUGUAAUUUUUUUCGGAUUAAAGGAGAAGAUAUACCAACAGUUGCCGGAAGUUCGAUGGUGUACAUGUACUAAUAACGAAAAGAAAUGUCAGUCUCGGAUGUCGAACCAAUUCAUUUCUAUAUAAAACGGCACAAAAAGAAACUCACCUGGCAAUCAGUUGUGAACCCGUUUACAAAACAGGUUUGGUUGGCCUUGAUCUUUACCAUUACAAUCUUUGGAUUAAUAUUCCGGAAAUUCGUGAAAGACAAUAAAGGAGAACCAUGGACUUUAAGGAGAACGUAUUGGUAUCUGAUGUCAACGUUAAUGUCUCAAGGAGUCGACAGCAACAACGUGAAUCGUUUAUCUUCUAGAAUAGCAUUUGGCAUCUGGUUGCUUAUGACAGCAGUCUUGAUCUGGGGUUACGCCGGAAUAUUGACGUCAUUUAUGGCCUUACAAACUGAUGAACCGGUUCCGAACACGUUUGACGAAUUAGCAGAAGGCAUUGAAAGACGAGAAUAUACAUGUGUACUGAUUCCGCAUGUUUACUUAGAUCGAUAUUUAAAGGUAAGUUUGCUUGUUUUGUUAUGUCUCAAGGCAGAAAGAGGAAGACUUAUUCAUCGACUAUACGGUAGAGAACACAAAGUAGACGUAGAAGGAGUAGUUAAGGUCAGGAGGAGGAAGUUACCGAAUUACUGCAAGAUUCGGAUUCUGAUGUAUCGGAAAGUGUUCGUUUAUUAUUACGUAUGCAUGCUGCUCUUAAUGGCAAGGUGGAGGAUUUUAUAA